AUGACUACAUUUGCUAAAACUGGAUUCCGUUCCAUCAACUACAACUCGUUCCGGCCCCAUUACCCGGCAUCCUUCUAUAAGGUGCUCUUUGACUAUGUCCAGAGAGACUCCAUAGCAAGCACCAUUGAUCUAGGAUGUGGAACUGGUGUGGGAACAUUUCCUCUUCUUAACUAUUCGGAAAAGGUGGUGGGUUUGGACUUAUCACCACUGAUGAUUGAAACUGCCAACAAGCUUAAGAAAGAGCGAUUGGCCGAAAUGGGACUCACGGACGAGUCCAGAAUCACGUUUGAUGUUUCUGCAGUGGAAGACUUUGAAGCUCCUCCAGAGUCGUUCGAUUUGAUCACUUGUGCUGAGUGUAUCCACUGGUUCCGUGACUACGAAUCCUUCUUCGCUUCUGCCGCUAAGCAAUUGAAACCAGGGGGAGUUUUGGCAUAUUGGUACUACGUGGAUCCCGUGGUGGUCAAUUUCGAAGGGCCGUACGAUACCUCCCGCAGCAAGAAGGAGAUCUUAAAGGCUGCCGUGGACUUAUACAACCAAUUGGUGUAUAAUGAUCCAGGAUAUUUGGGGCCAUGCUGGGAGCAACCAGGAAGAGGAAUUCUCCAGGGCUAUUUGGUGGAUGUGGACAAGUACAUCCCAUGUGAAUUGUAUAAAGAUGCCGUGUACAAUAAGUACUCUCCAUCUUUGGAUGGAGUAGAUACACAUACCGAUAAAGACUUGAUUUUGCAGAGAAAGGACAUUACCAUUAGAGAUUUCCGGAACUACGUUUCUACCUACAGUUCAUUUCAUAAUUACCGUGACAAAACGGGCCAGGACACGGAAUUUUUGGACUUCUUCGAGAAUCAAUUUGUGGAGCAGCUUGGCUGGGACAAGGAGAAGACGAAGUUGGAUUUAGAUUGGUACACCGGAUACACUUUCGUGAGAAAGCGGUGA